GGUUACGCCAAUAACAACUCGUGCACGUCGACAGUGCAGGACAGAUCUCAAAUGACAGUCAUAAGAUUUUACCUUGAGAAUGAGGUGUACGAAAUGGAUUAUGAGCAAAAGGACAUCUUUGAUUCUGAUUGGAAUUUUUCUUUUCCUUGGGUAUGAGUCAGCUUUCUUCACAGUGAAAAGACAACAUUGCCCUGAGGAAGGAUAUCAUAAGGAAGUUCGUGUACACGAAUCGUUCCAACGAGCUAACAACAACGAUGCUCCUUUUCAAAUACCACCCGAUCAUAUUUUAAAGACCAUGCCAUACGAAGAACUGACGUCUCUAUAUCACGGGUUUGUGAACAAUGUUGGUGUGCUGUGUAAAAACAUCGUCCGCCUGGGUAAACUGACUGACGGUGGAUGGGAAGUGUGUCACGAUCAGCAAUACAGGCCCCCCAACAAUUGCCUGGUCUACUCUGCCGGGAUAAAUAAUGACUUUAGUUUUGACGAUGCUAUAGCAAAGCAGUACGGGUGUGAAGUUCAUUCAUUUGAUCCGAGCAUGAAGAAAAAGAGCUACAGACGGAGUGAGCAAGUAUUUUUUCAUAAUAUAGGAAUCUCGGCUGUUGAUGUUUACAUCCCAGCCAACAAGACUGGAUGGGAGAUGCGUACACUGGGAGCAAUCAAACAGCAACUUGGCCACGCGAAGAGACGUGUUGAUGUCUUAAAGAUGGACAUUGAACACUGGGAAUGGAAAGUUCUCCCACAAGCCAUUGCAAGCGGCUUCCUGGAUGACGUCACCACCCUCGAUCUGGAGCUCCACAGCUGGAUAAGAAAUAAAACGUUUAUUUACGAGCCCCCGGCUGAAAUUUAUUUGGGAUAUUUGAGAACACUGAGACAAUUACAUCAACUUGGUUUCCGUAUUUUCUUAACACACAAGAAUCUUGGAUCCUGUCAAUUCAGAUCUAGAUUUGGCAUGAUGAGGACCAGUUGUCAGGAGAUCGCUAUGGUUCAGACGAAGAUGAAGAUGGGGAUGUAAUAAAGGGGUGGAGCUUGUUUAGGCUGCGAAACUUUUGAGUUGUAAUAAUCAGUUGUAUAUAUAGUCGUUAAUUUGUCAAUUCAUCGGUUGACACAAUAUAUUGAAUAAA